GGAGAAAUCGUAGCGAAUAGCAAACGCUAAGCGCAAUAACAAGAAGAAAAAAAACUUACUAACAAAGCAAACGAAAUUAUAGUACAAUAACAACAACAGAAUGACAACAAUCAAAGCAAUAACCAGACCUAACAGCGAAGAAGUUCAAGAUAAGCUAAGCGAACUACAAAUAUGGUUUGGGAACAACACAAAUCUACCAGAGAAAAUUGAGCCCAUUGUAUUAUUGCGAUUUCUCAAGUGCAUGCAGUAUGAUAUUGAUAAGACUAAGGCCCUAAUCGAGCUCAACUAUAACAUUCGCAACAGGAAUCCGAAUUUAUUCAUAGAUCGCAACAUGGAGGAUGCGAUGACUGCCAAGGGCUUAAAAGUGUCAGACCUGCUCAUACUACCAGGUCUAACUCCAGAGCGUCAUAAGCUGUUGUUAUUCCGCAUGACUGACUUUGAUCCAAACACUCGCAAUUCCGUGGAGGAGACAAAAAUAUUUUUUAUGAUGGCCGAUGCUCGCUUUACCUCGCCAGAUGUGGAGCAUAAGCAGGCCAGCAGCACCACAGCUGAUAAUGCAGCAGCAGCCGAGUCUAGAACCAAUCUCUGUCCAGAUGAUAUUGCCGAGGGUGAUGUGCAAAUUGUUGAUAUUAGUGGCUAUACCAUGAGACAUUUGGCGCAUGUCUCGAUCUUUGUGCUGCGCGUUUAUAUGAAGUUUCUGCAGGAGGCAUAUCCAUCACAGCUGCGUGCCAUACACAUUAUCAACUGUCCAUCGUUUCUGGAUCGCAUGAUGGCCAUGAUGAAGCCGUUCAUAAGAGAAGAAGUCUAUCAAAUGAUAAAUUACCACACCGAAGGUAUGGAAAGUCUUUAUCAGCUGGUGCCCAAGGAUAUGCUGCCGCUGGAAUAUGGCGGCAAGGCUGGCACCAUAGCUGAGCUCAAAGCACAGGGCUUGCAAAUGUUAAAAGAAAAAACCGCAUAUCUAAGUGAUGCUCAACAUUGGCGCGCAGCUGCGCAAAGCAAAAGCCGUUGGUCCUGGUUCUAGUGAAGUGCACCUGGCUUAUCAUUUAUACCGUUACCGUUAUUGCCGCAAUCGUAUGUGAUUUUUUAGUUAAGCAGUAGCACUAAGCAUACAAUACAUACAGCUUGCCGUUAUCAAAUAGCAAGCUAUACAUUUUUUUCGUAUAUUUUUACUAACUAGCUAAUUUUACGAAGUUUAUAUUCCAAAUUACGAAAGUUAUAUUUUUAUAGUCAAUCAUGGAGAGCUUCAGUUCGCUGGUCAAAGCGCAUAAAGAUUCUUUAAAAAAUAUUAUUAUGGCAUUCUCCUAUUUGAAGCUGUUGCGAGACUUGGCAGCGGUUGUCAAUCAAAGCUUACAGCUAAGCGAUAGUACAAUACCGUUAAUUACCCUGAUGGGCGCCGCUUUGAUAUCCAUACUAGUAAUGCGUGUGGCGCAGCUGCGUAAUGAUCGGGAUUUGUUUCAUCUGUGCUACUCCACCUCGAUGUUAAAUAUGUGCUUCUUGCUGAUAUUCAAAGCAUGUUCAGGCUCCAAAAACUUCCGAAUGUGGCCCAGAUCCCUGUUGCUUAUGUUGCUGACCGUGAGCGGCAUAUGGUAUUCGCUUAUUGAUGAUACAAACAUCUCGGAAAAUCUGUUGAGCAUGGGUUUCACACUGAUAUCGUCAAUACUCAUUCUUCAUGGCAUGAGGCAGGACCACCAAAACCACGAAGUGCCGUCAACUUGCUUCAUAAGUGUGAUCAUGAGCAUUGUCCGAGUACUCCACGGCAUUUCAUUAGCGGACACGUUGUUCAUCUAUCAGAAUCUUUGGCUGCUGUUUCUGGAGCUGCUGAAGAUAUGCGUACUGAGAAUGAAGCGCAAUACUGCUACCCACAGCUCGAGCUCUACGCAUCCCAGAUACGGAAAUUGUUACUUUUGCGGUCGUCAAGGCAUCAUAGUCCCAUUAGUACAGUAAUUAUCUUUUAAAUGUGUUUUUUAAAAGUCCAAAAUCAUUUUUAAUGCAUAAUUAUUGGCAAAAUGGAUUCGAUCAACCAAUUUGGCCAACUCUAUGCUGUUACGGGACGCAAAGUAGCGUAAAUUCUGUGCACGGCCGAUCGAUUAGAUCGAUGCGCAGAAGCUGUAACUACUGUGCUUCCGUUUCGAGUGUGGGGCUUGGCGGCAACACACAUUUUGGGCACUAUUAAAGCAAGCAGAAAACAAUUA